AUGUCUCCCAUUGUGAUGGUGCUCGGAGCUGUCUUGGUGAUCAUCAGCUCAAUUCAUAUGCUUGCUUCAUCACGGCGUCGUAACAGCAAAGCAUCCCACUCUGAUCGACCAGAUCAAAAGGCCAAAGAUGUUUUAGAUAUCAAGCCGCUGAAUGGCUUGGACUACAAGGCAGUCGAACCCAACCAGUUUCGGCCGUUCAAGCCCAUCUUUCACAUCACCAUGGCCCUACAAGCUGAUUCUCCCUCGGAACUCAUCACCAUCGACUCGCAGUAUCUCGAUAGAGUCUCCCACCGCCGGCAGCUCAUUGCCGAGCACGGCGACAUGGUUCACGCCUGCCUCUCCUCCGGCCUCGAAGCCGUCCGCGAGCUGCACCAGUUUCUCAUCCGAGACUACCUCCCGACUCGCUUCCCAACCAUGUUCCGGCUCCGGGACCAGGACCGACAGUUUGACAACCUCGUCACCGGCCGGUCGUUUCCCACCGCGGCCCCCGAGAAUGUGGAGGAAGCAGAGGCAGCGCUGCGGAUGCUGGCCGAGACGGUAGAAGAGGACAUGUUUCUGCUGCUUGGGGAACCAGAGGGCCACCGGGCCGUGGCCUUUGUGUGCUGCUUCCCGUCAGGUUUCGACCCGUCAACAAAGGUCGGGAGGCUGCUGAGGGAGAUUCACGCGCCGGUGCCGUCAUACGACAAGAUUGGGCCGAGCAUGGAGCGCUUCUUCAGCAGGAUUGAGGUGGGCAAGAAUGUGAAGCGGACGAAUUGGUCUAUGCAAACGCACAGCGACUUGUUUCAUUACGAUAGACACGACGGACACACGAGCGAGGAUGUGCUCAAAGCCGAAGACAUUGAUAUGAGCAAGACGUAUGCACGCAUUGAGCUCCAAACACUCAGUCGACUCCCCAAAACGAGGGCAGUCCUCUUCUCCUUCAAGACGUAUCUGUACCCCGUCGAGGACCUCAAGAAAGAAGGCUUGGGGCCGCAGGUGGCAGAUGCCAUCGAGGGCCUCAAGACAGGCAAUGCACCGGGCAUGUGGAAGUACAAGGGCGCGCCGCAGUGGGGAGAGCCGAUCUGCAAGUACCUGAGGGCAGGUUGA